AUGGGGAUGGUGGUGGAGGUGACUUGUAGUAGUAUGGAGGUGGCGGUGAGGGGGAUGGUGGAGGAGGUGAUUUGUAGUAGUAGGGAGGUGGUGGUGAUGGAUCUGGUGGUGGAGGGGAUUUGUAAUAGUAGGGUGGUGGCGGUGAUGGAGAUGGUGGUGGAGGAGAUUUGUAGUAGUAAGGAGGUGGUGGUGAUGGAGAUGGUGGAGGGGGAGACUUGUAGUAGUAAGGAGGUGGUGGUGAUGGGGAUGGUGGAGGAGGUGACUUGUAGUAGUAGGGAGGUGGUGGUGAUGGAUCUGGUGGAGGAGGUGAUUUGUAGUAGUAUGGUGGUGGUGGUGAUGGGGAUGGUGGAGGAGGUGACUUGUAGUAGUAGGGAGGUGGUGGUGAUGGGGAUGGUGGAGGAGGUGACUUGUAGUAGUAGGGAGGUGGUGGUGAUGGAGAUGGUGGAGGUGGAGAGUUAUAAUAGUAAGGUGGAGGAGGGGAUGGGGAAGGAGGAGGGGGGCUCUUGUAAUAGUAAGGAGGAUAGUAUGGAUCCUUGGGUGGAGGAGGUGGAGAUUUAUAGUAAUAGGGUGGAGGUGGAGAUGGUGAUGGUGGUGGAGGAGAUUUAUAGUAAUAGGGAGGAGGAGGAGAUGGUGAUGGUGGAGGGGGGCUCUUGUAGUAGUAUGUUGGUGAUGGUGGAGGUGGUGACUUAUAGUAAUAAGGAGGGUAUGGGUGUGGUGAGGGUGAAGGUGGUGGGGGUGAGUUGUAGUAAUAUGGUUUGUGAUAAGGAGUGUGUGAAUGUUUGUGCUCUUCACAAUCGUAUGGCUUUUCAGGAGCAUAUGCAAAUGGCUUAG